UUCCGAAACAAUAUGGCAACCUGCGAGUUGAAGGGGGAGCUAAAAUACAGGGAUGGACAGACAAAUAAAUUUGCAGUGAAGUCAGAUAACAAUUUAAAAUCAAUUAUUAUUGGCGUAAAGAAAUUACAUUCGGAAAUCUCAGAGGUCUUGACAAGUCUUGUUGAGCAAGAAAAAGGGUUAAAUGGUAACGGUAGAGAGGAUUCUCGUGUGGAUGAUGAAGAGGAGGAUGACGGUGAUGAACAGGAAGAUCCUGCAGAAACAGCUACAGUGAACUCAAAUGCAGGACCUCCAGCAAAGCGUGUGAAGACAAGGUCUUGACCUUGUUUUCUUUCCAUAAGAUGGAUAUAAUUGGAACAUGCCACUGCUGGUGUAGCUGCAUGCCAGUAGAUCAUUUUCCAGAGUCUCCUGCGGAAGCUUCAUAAUAAAAUGUCUGAGAAAGAUGUAAAACUAUAGAGGGAUGUGUGUGGUAAAUUCUUUUAGAAAACUAAACCACACUUGUACAAAACAAAAACUACUUGAAUUAUAUAUUUUUCAUAUAUUUUGUAUAAAUAAAGUUUCUUGACAAGUGCCUGUGAGCAUUUGCAAUUUGAGCUGAGAUUUGGCUAUAAAUAAAUAAAUAAAUGUGAUUGCUUUGUA